GCUGCCGGACGAAGUGUCACAUGUGUCAACCAACCUCUGAGCUCCUGCCGGACAUACAAACAGCGUCUUUUAGGUAAUUAAUGUAUCAAAAAACGUGUAGAAAUGUAUGUCCGAACGUCAACUGAGUGCUUUACGUGUGACUCAUAGAUUUUUGCUGUUUUAAAUAUCGGCUGACGUUUUUAUUAUGAAUAGGGUGCAUUUGAAGCUGAGGUGCUUUACGUUUCUGUUUGUUAAAGGCAGUAUUCUUCCUGCGGCUCCACCGCCGCUCGCACGCUGCGAUCCCCGCACUGUUUUCCAGUUUUUCCGAACAAUGGCGACUUAUAACAAUAAUAAAAACAACAACAACAAUGGUGAUAAUAGCCCGGGGACGAGACAGCUGCUGGGUCCGAAGAAAGCCAAACAGAAGGAGCCACUGCGGAGACUGAAAACCAAGAACAAACGAGGAGAACUUCACGGACCAUCCACAGUGUACCUGCAGGUGGUCGGUGCUGGGAGCAGAGAUAAUGCUGCGUCACUUUAUGUCUUCUCCGAGUACAACAGGUACCUGUUCAACUGUGGUGAGGGAACACAGAGACUCAUGCAGGAACACAAACUGAAGGCUGCUCACCUGGACAACAUCUUCCUGACCAGACUGAGCUGGGACAACGUGGGAGGUUUAUCAGGGAUGAUAUUAACGUUGAAGGACACCGGUGUCCCUGAGUGUGUCCUCUCUGGACCUCCACAGCUGGACGACUACGUGAACGCCAUCAAGUCAUUUUCUGGACCACUGGAAGACAUCAAGCUGUCGGUUCGACCGUACACUGCAGAGACUUACACAGACGACACAAUGGCAGUUUAUCAAGUGCCAAUAUUUGCCCAGUCGAGGGGUCACAGUAGGAAGCUCUCCCCCAGGUCAGGCAGCCCCUCUCGAAGGCCGGCUUCUCCAAAGAAAUGUGACGGUCACCUCGACAGCUGCAGAGACAAUCCAGGCAGUCCAGGUGAAAGACGAACAGCAGCUAAAGACACGUCUCUGGUGGUCGCCUUUAUCUGUAAGCUUCAUCCCAGGAAGGGAAAUUUCUUGGUGGCUCAAGCCCAGGAGCUCGGUCUGCCUGUAGGCACAGCAGCCAUCGGCCCGCUCAUCUCAGCUCUGAAAGCUGGGAACAGCAUCACGUUUCAAGGGAAAGAGAUCCGGCCUGAGCAGGUUUGUACUCCCGCCGACCCGGGACCAGUGUUUGUUAUUGUGGAGUGUCCGUCUGAGGAGUUUGUCGAAGCCGUUUGCACCAAUCAGCAACUGAGAAGUCACCAAACGGGGGGGACAGAGGACCCGGCUGUGCUGGUGGUCCACAUCACUCCAGAGUCUGUUCUGAAAACAGAUCAAUACAAAGAGUGGAUGGAGAGGUUUCCAUCCACAACACAACACCUGAUCCUCAACGAACAAGCCCAGACAGUCCACAACAUCAGAAGUCACAAGAUUCAAGCUCAGCUCAACAUGAUUCACCCCGAGAUCUUUCCACAGCUCAAGUCUUACAAAACAAAGGAGCCUCAGGCCGCUCUGCACGCCCCCAACGUCAGAGCCGAGUGUCUGCUCAAGUUCCAGCUCAGACCCGUAAUGGAGUGGCAAAGAGACGCCAUCCCCUCCUGCAACGCCGAGGAGUUUGUGAAAGAAGCUUCGGAGGUCCCAAACUUUCUGGAACAAGUGGACGAGUGCAGGAGGAUUUGCUCCACUGAUGCAGCAGAGCUCUCCGGGCGAGGCGAAAAAUACCCAGAGUUGGUUUUCCUGGGAACAGGAUCAGCUCUUCCAAUGAAGAUCAGAAACGUCAGCGGCACUUUAGUUAAUAUCAGCCCGACUCAGUCGGUGCUGUUGGACUGCGGAGAGGGAACCUUCGGUCAGCUCUGCAGACACUACGGGGACGACGUGGAUGACGCUCUCUCCAAGAUAUCGACCGUCUUCAUCUCACACUUGCACGCUGACCAUCACACAGGGCUGCUGAAUUUGCUGUACCAGAGGGAACGUGCAAUGACAACUUUAGGAAAGACGUUCAGCCCCAUCUACCUGAUUGCUCCAGGCCAGAUCAUGAUGUGGCUCAACCAGUAUCACAACCAGUGCGAGGAGAUGCUGAACCAUAUCAUUCUCGUCCCGAACAUGUUUCUGAGUGAUGAGGCUGAGCCGCCCACACAGUGGACACAGUCACUCAUCAGAGCGCUGCUGGAGAAGAAUGAUCUGAAGAAGUUCCAGACGUGCACAGUGCAUCACUGUAAGAACGCCUUCGCCUGCAGCUUCACUCACCAGUCCGGCUGGAAACUGGCCUUCUCUGGUGACACCAUGCCCUGUGAUGGAUUCGUACACAUUGGGAAGAACGCAACCUUACUAAUACACGAGGCCACGCUGGAGGAUGGGAUGGAGGAGGAAGCUGUAGAGAAGAGGCACAGCACGACCUCCCAGGCCAUCGGCAUCGGCAUGAAGAUGAAUGCCGACUUUAUCAUGCUGAACCACUUCAGCCAGCGCUACGCCAAGAUCCCACUCUUCAGUGCGGACUUCACCGACAGAGUGGGAAUAUCGUUUGACCACAUGAGAGUUCGCUGUGGAGACUUUAAAAUCCUCCCCAGACUCAUUCCUGCACUGAAAACCCUCUUUGCUGAGGAGAUUGGAGGGAUGGAGGAGAGAAGAGAGAAGAGGGAGCUGAGACAUCCGAGAGGAAGCAGCUCUGAGGGGAACAGCAAGAAUAGGAGGACCGGAGCGGCGGCAAUGGGCCGAGGUGCCAAACGAGACCAGGACGAGGCAGCGACGCACAAUGUAGACACAAAGAGACAAAAAACCUCCUUCAGCAACCAUUAAACCAUGAGCUCAGAGAAAAAUACUUUAAUCUUCAGUUAUUUUAUUUAAAUGAACAUGAGUUUUAUUUGCCUUGCGUGGUUUGAUGGAUGAAUAUGCAUUUAUAUUUCUUGCUCUGGAGUGAACAAUGCUGAGCUAUGAAUAGAGUUUUUGGUUUUUCAUUAAACAGAAUAAAGCAAUACCACACCGC